AAGCACAUUCUCAAGGGCAUCUCCGGCCAUGUCACUGCGGGCGAAAUGUUGUCUGUCAUGGGCGCCAGUGGUGCCGGCAAGACCACACUGCUCAACAUGCUGGCUGGGCGCCUGUCGGAUGCCGGUCACGGCCGCUCCUCCGGCUCCAUCACCAUCAACGGCUACAAGCGCGAUUUUGAUACCUUUCGCCACAUCUCCGCCUACGUCCUUCAGUCUGACUCGUUUUUCCCCGAGCUGACCGUGCGUGAGACGAUCAUGCUCUCUGCCAAACUGCGCCUGCCCCACGACAUGCCCAUGUCUGAGAAGAAGGCCCGCGUUGAUGCCAUCAUUGCCGAGCUGGGCCUACGCAAGGUCGAAAACUCUUACGUCGGCAACGAGCUCAUCCGCGGUGUGUCUGGUGGCGAGCGCAAGCGCGUCAAUGUCGGCACAGAGCUCGUCACCAACCCCAGCCUCAUCUUCUUGGACGAGCCCACCUCGGGUCUGGAUUCAUUCAACGCGCAAAACGUCAUGCAGACGCUGAUGCAGCUCGCCGGCAAUGGCCGCACCGUCGUUGCCACGAUUCACCAGCCCCGUUCGACCAUCACCAACAUGUUCGACAAGCUGCUUUUGCUUUCCGAGGGCCAGACCAUUUACUUUGGCGAGGCUCACACGGCGGUCGACUACUUUGCCCAGGUCGGCUACCCUUGCCCCAGCUCCUUCAACCCAGCCGACUUCUACCUUGAUCUGAUCUCUCUGGACCAGCGUAGCGCCGAGUCCCAGCGCAUCACCACCAAACGCAUCGAGUACCUGGUUGGUCGCUACGUCGAUCACGCUGCCAAACACGACACCUUGGCUCUCCCUGCGCCAGCGGAAAAGAACAAUGCCCCCCCGACCUCGACCGUUGCCAAGCACGGCAAGUAUGCCAAUUCCUGGUUUACUCAGUUCAAGCUCCUCAGUCAACGUUCCAUUCGGCUCAUGAUGCGCGAGAAGGAGAAUAACAUUGCCAUGAUUGCGCAAACGCUUCUUUUCGCCGUUCUCCUCGGCCUUAUUUGGCUGCGCGAGGGUGAUAACCUCAACGAGGAGGGCGGUGUUACGGCCAUUGCUGGCGCCCUCUUCUUCAUCCUCGUCAACCAGAGCUUUGGCGGUAUUUUUGGCAUCAUUUUCCUCUUCCCUUCCGAGCGCAUCAUUGUUCUUAAGGAGCGAGCCUCGCGCAGUUAUCACGUUGGCGCCUACUUUUGGAGUAAAACUCUGGCUGAAUUACCUCGCACCUUUGUCACCUCGCUCGUCUUUUCCGUCAUUGGCUAUUUCAUGGUUGGCCUCCGCGACGAUGGUGACAACUUUUUCCGCUUUGUGCUCAUCCUGUUCAUGGUCACCUUGGCCUCGGAGGGUCUGGCCUACAUUGUCAGCGCCAUUGCCAAGGAUCCUCAGCAAGCUGGUGCCAUUGCUCCUGCUUUUGUAGUGACAAGCAUGUUGUUUGGCGGCUUCUUCAUCGGCUCCGACGCCAUCCCCGUCUUCCUGUUUUGGCUCAAAUACCUCAGCUUCCUCAACUACGGCUUUGCUGCGGCUAUGCAAAACGAGUUUUCGGACCGCGUGCUGGCCAACUGCACUGGUGCGCCCGAGGAUGACGUUUGCUUUACGCAGGGCAGUGAGGUGCUGGACUUUUACAAGGUCGAUGAGCUCAGCUUUGCUGCCAAUCUCUGGAUCCUUUUGGCCCUGAUUGUGGGCUUCCGUUUGAUCGCAUACUUGAUCCUGCUGCGCAACGGUCCCGUUUACGAUCUGGCCCUCUAAAAUGCCCGAGUCAAUCCUGCCGUGGGUUUACAGCGCCGGCACACGCAUAUUUUUGCUUGCCUGCGGGCGCCUUUGCGUGAGCCCUCCAUAUGUCCACUCUCGAGGAUAUACGUGUCCUGCUCUCCAAACCCUCGAGCGGUCUGUGUUUGGCUGACGGAUGCCGAGUGUCAUCAUCCGAGUCUUGCGCCAAAGUAUCCAUUGAUCCUGCUUUGGGCCAUAGAAUUCAAUAAUCGGGCGCGUGUGCCUAGAGUGUGAGUCUUUGUGUUCUUCUCCCAGCCUUUGUCCUGAGUUAUUGGAAUAUCACCGAAUACCUAGUGUACGAUAAAAAAAAAAUCAAAUUUAUGAUU